AGCCUUUCACUCGAGCCUCUACCUAGAAACUACUGGAUGCCAAGUCGCAACUAACCUGGUGUAAUCGCCAGCCUUACAUUCGUGCGAUCUGCACCGACCUAGCGGCAUUGGUUCAGCGUCGAGGGGGGGGGGAGCGGGGGGAGCGAAUGCCGGACCCUUCCAUGAUGGCGAUCGGCAAGCUCCGUCCGGCUCGGACAACAUGGCUGGAUGUCACCGCACAAUCAGCUGGGAACCACGUCCAACCGCCGGGAAUCCGUGCUCUGCGAAGGCUGUAUCUCGCAGCCAGGCCAUGUGUUGGUCCAGUCUUCGGGGUGGCCUCGGGAGAUCGGAAACCAAAGGUGCAUAUGCCCUCUCUCCCCACCACCCCCCGCUUCUCCGACUUGAGAGAGAGAGUUGAGAUGAAGCUGUCUCACGGUAUUACACCUCACACCCGAAUUGUUGCAUUUGGCGGUGUCAGCCUCACCCGAAGAACCAUCGGCUUUAAACUUGAUGACAUAGCCGUCAAGCAAGUCUGGCUAUGCACCCAGGAAGCUUUUGAUGCGGGUCCUUCUCGACCAAUCCACCUCGAGGAUUUCCCGCCAUGCAAGUUCGCCAAGCGUCGCAACUCGCUGGGUCGUCAUUGGCUUGCUCGUUCGCGUUAGUCUGGACCGGGGAGGAGGAAAGAUGCUUCUCUAGGU